GCCUAGACGCGACCCUAUCGUCACCAGAAGCAGAGCGGCUAACCGACGAGCAGCCAAUAUGGCUGCCAACGUGCAAAAUCCGAUCCCGCAACAAAAUGCUAAUCCACCUAAUCAACCUGCCCCACGUGCACGAGCUCCCAUGUCGCCACCAAAUCUCUAUCUAUUUGAUCCAGCGCACCAUCUCGCGGGAGCAUGGAUGGCCACGCUUAGAGCACAGCAGUACGAUGAUCACGAAGCACAGAUCAACAUUCCGGCUCGAAUGGGAGGAGACGCUCAUCAUUGGUAUAGUACCUAUGUAUGGGUGGAUCUCCCGACCUUCGAACGGGAUUUCAUGAACCGAUUUGAUUAUGUUCACCUUGAGCAGGCAUUGUACAUGAUCAAGGACCGAGUGCAAAAACCACUCGAAUCCGUUGCGGAAUAUCGAAACCGGUUCUACAGGAUGUUCGUAAAAACUGAGCGAGGUGAGCAAGUAGGGAGAGACAUGUUCAUUGACGGACUCCGCAGACGAACAAUAAGGACUAAGUUGCGAAAACAGUUUUCCCCCAUCACUCAUACGCUACAACAAAUUAUGGCUGCCGCGGAGGAAAUGGAACGGAAGUUCGCAGCGAACUUCCUGGAAGGAGAAGACUACCCUAGAGACGGAGACUUGACCGAGCUCGUACGAGCGAGAGCAGAACUGGCUGCUUUGCAGAAUAAAUUUGAAAAUAUGGGAUUUGUAUCAGGACCUGUCACUUAUAUGGAACAGAUAGGCCCCAAACGAGUAAUCUUAAGCGAGACUCUGAGCAUCUCUGCUCCUAUGAUGCCCCCGCCCGUCAGGGCAUUACCCCCACCGCCGGUUGAGGCUCCCCUACGAUCGAACGAAUCCGCGGUCAUUUUCGAACUAACCAAAACGUUGAUUAGUUUGAUCCAAGAAAGCAAAAAGGAACAGCGAGAGCACAAUGCUCGGCUGGAGGCCAUGAUGAGGAACAUGCGAUCUAUUGCGGUGCGUGCCCCUCCGAUGCAACAAGGAUUAGCCCCUGCCCCGGCCCUCGGAGGAGCUGCGAGCAAUCUGAAUGUCUGUUAUGCUUGUCAUCAGCCAGGGCAUUUGGCCCGAGACUGUCCCCACCGACCCCCGCAACAGCGGAUCGGAGUCGCGCCUAUGGCUGCGGCUCCCAUCGCCAACGGGCCUGGACGAGUCGGAGCUUUGAUGGAAGAAGUAGAGGGUGGGGGAAGUGCCUUAGCCACCACGGAAGAGGCCGCCGAGCUAAUUCCGCUAGAUCAGUAUGUGUCGCUGGGAUAUCGUGGACUAGGAAUGAUCGGAACAAUCAGACCAGCACCAAAACCGAAAGAAGUGGCGGAGUGGCGACCGUCCUUAGGAGAAGUGGAGUCGGGAGGACCCACCUUCGUCACAGGAGAAAUCAAUGUUCGAGUCUUCUUGGGAUUGGCGUCGUACUACGGGCGCUUCAUCAAGGGCUUUGCCGCGAUUGCACGACCACUAACGAAUCUGCUACGGAAGGAUCAGCCCCUCAACUGGGACGCGGAGUGCCAGCAGGCUUUUGCCACCCUCAAGGACGCUCUGGCAGUGGCCCCUAUUUUGAUCCGACCGGACCCCUCGAAACAGUUCAUUCUCAUUACGGACUGGCAACCGGAAGCUAUUUCCGCUAUUUUAGCACAGAAACGGAACGAUGGUCGCGAACACGUCAUCGAGUACGCGUCACGAACCGUACCGGACGAACGAAGCAACGACUCCGCGCCUCAGGUGCGACCCGGACAUCAGGAACUCAUCGCGCAGGAACUUACGGUCCUGGCAGCGCAGCUGGCGGACGACCUCCCCCUCGACAUCAUCUUGCAAGACGAUGAGCACCCGAUUCCUCAUGUGCUUUCUCGUACGUUGACGCCGUAUCUCCAGUGGUCGGCUUGUGCGGAGGAAGCCGCCGAGCGCAUCCCGCCGUCGCAGCAGCAGUAUUUGGAUCCCCGGACGGUUCGCAAUUCGGCCUUCUUCAGGCAUCCAACGACAGAGCAACUUGCCGCCAUUCGAGAGGAGGAAGAGGAGGAAGAAAGCACUGAGAGGGACGAAGAAGAAAACGAGCGGGAAGAAAGUGGGAAAAGCGACGAAGUACUCGGGGAAGAAGACGAAACCCCCGAAGAAGGAAGCCAUAGCGAGCAUAGCGAGGGGGAGCAGAGCGAAGAAGAGCAGAGCAAAGAAGAAGAAGAAGACGAAGAAGGCGAAGAGGAGAACGAAGAAGAAUCUGCAGGAUCAAAGUGGGAAGCCGUGCCGAAAGAAGUGCUGCGCACAGGAGAUAUUGCAAGAGAGUAUCAGGAGAGAAGUCCCAGUGGAGCACAAUUAUCGGGACCUUGUAAGACUGCGCUGGAUGACAAUCUCCUCCUGAAAGUCAUGGCGAGCUAUCUCCAUGACAUCGGGCAAGUUAUUUGGUUUGAGCCAAUGCCAUUUGUAAUUACGAACCCCCAGUGGUUCUGUUGCAGUUUCGUUGGUGAGCUCAUCCCAACAGAAUUUAAUGCCAGUGGAGUCUUCAAUGGGAUCGCUGAUGUGGAUCUUUUAGAACACGUAUUCUCAGAAGCUGUUUCUGGGAAAUGCGAGGUUUGUGUGCAGGAUGUAGUAGAUCUGAUGUUGAAAAUGGAGCUUGCCUAUAAGGUCUGUGAUGAUCCCAAGAGCAGCCUGUUGAUACCAUCAUGCCUUCUUGCUCGUCAAGAUGGGAACAUGAUUAGUUGGAAAGUGGACAGGAAAAACGGGCAUGAACAGGAAGGCCACUUUUUUGGAUACCGGAUUGAAUGCAAAGACAAGAAGCAGACAAUGCUGUUUGCAGGAUUCUUCCAUCGACUGCAGACGAUCWGGAACGCCGGCCCUCUCCCACGCAUCGACGACCUUCUCGAGCGAUUGGGCGGCGCCCAGUUUUUCUCUAAGCUGGAUCUCAAGUCAAGGUACCACCAACUCGAGAUUCGCAAGGAGGAUCGCUACAAGACCGCGUUAAAGACUCGGUAUGGGCAUUUCGAAUGGCUGGUCAUGCCAUUUGGCCUUACGAAUGCCCCAGCCACUUUCCAAGCAGCUAUGACGACGGAGUUCCAACACAUGCUGGAUCGUUUCGUACUUAUCUACCUCGACGACAUUCUGGUUUACAGCCGGAGUCUGGACGAGCAUGUGGAACACCUGCGCACCGUUUUGGAGCGGCUACGACAGGCCAAGUACAAAGCAAACUGCGACAAGUGCGAGUUCGCACAGCAGGAGCUGGAGUACUUGGGACACUAUGUGACGCCGCAAGGCAUCCGUCCGCUUGCGGACAAGAUCGAGGCCCUACGAGUAUGGCCUGAGCCCACCAACACCACGGACGUUCGUUCAUUCAUGGGGUUGGCGGGCUACUAUCAGCGUUUCAUCACCGGAUACUCAAGGAUUGCCGCACCUCUGACGAGACUACAAUCGCCAAAGGUGCCAUUCGUAUUCGAUGACGACGCGCGCCAGGCUUUCCAAGCACUCAAGACGGCCAUGCUCAUGGCACCYGUCCUUAGCAUCUACGACCCCACUCUGCCUACGAGAGURACGAMUGACGCUUCCGGUUACGGCAUUGGGGCAGUCUUGGAGCAGCACGACGGCGAGGAUUGGCACCCUGUGGAGUAUUUCAGCCACAAAGUGUCUCCCAUCAAUUCUCUGGAUGAUGCAAGGAAGAAGGAGCUGCUUGCGUUCGUCAUGGCUCUCAAGCGAUGGCGGCACUUCCUUCUUGGGCGUCGUAGGUUCACAUGGGUCACGGACAAUAACCCAUUGACCUACUACAAGACGYASGACAYRRUGAGCARCACGAUUGGACGGUGGAUGUACUUCAUCGACCAGUUUGACUUCACACCGAAACACGUUGAUGGCCUCUCCAAUCGCGCAGCAGAUGCACUUUCGAGACGACCUGAUCUUUGCGCUAUGACGCAUCACGCCUUCGCGUUCGACGAGGACCUCCAGCGACACUUCAUCAGGGGCUAUCAGUCUGACCCAGAGUUUGCUACGUUGUAUGCGCAGCUAUCUUCGGAUCACCCGCCAGCCAGCCACUAUCGCAUUGCUGACGGGUACUUGCUCCUCCACUCGAGAGGCAAGGACUUACUGUGUGUCCCACGCGACCGCCGUCUUCGGACUCGCCUUCUCGGCGAGUAUCAUGAUUCGCGACUCGCCGGCCAUUUCGGAGUCAAUCGCACGAUUGCACGGCUUCGACAACGAUUCCGAUGGCCCGACCUCAUUUCCGAUGUCAUGCGGUAUUGCGAUUCUUGCGAAGUUUGCCGACGCAGCAAACCCCGCAACCGAAAUCCCUAUGGCGAGUUACGCCCGAUGCCUAUCCCCCGGGAACCCGGUAUCUCCAUUGUUAUGGAUGUCACCGGUCCGUUACCUCGAGACCGGCUCGGGCACGACGGCAUCCUCACGGACCGAUUGAGCAAGUACGCACGUUUUCUUCCUUGCAAGUACUACUCCACGGCUCCCGAGCUGGCACGCCUCUUGCACACCGGUUGUAUUUGUGGCCACGGCGUACCCGAGGACAUAGUCAGCGACCGCGACACUCGUUUCAUGUCGACUUUUUGGACCUCUCUCAUGCAGGAGUCGAGCACGACGAUGAAACCCAGUUCGGCUCGGCAUCCACAGACAGACGGGCAGACGGAGCGGGCACAUCAGACCGCUCAAAUGAUGCUUCGUACGCUCAUCCGUCCGGACCAGAAAGAUUGGGUUGACCGCCUCCCCGACAUCGAGUUCGCCUACAACACUUCAGUGCACCCGGCGAUCGGUGUGACUCCAUUCGAGUUGCACCACGGUGGACGGAAAGGCCGUAUCUUCGCUGAUCUUCUCCUCCCUCGACCAGCCGACAUUGACGCCGCUUGCUCUCCCGCUUCCGUCCGGAAGUACAGGGAAUUGCUGGCUCAAGCCCGCGCAAACAUGCAAAAGGCUCAAGUCCGCAUGCAGCAGCAAGCCAACAGGCGCAGCGUACCAUGUCCCAUCCGCGCCGGAGAUCGAGUUUGGGUCUCCUCGGAAGAGUUUGCAUUGGAACAGGAUGUCUCACGCAAACUACUCCCUAAGUGGUUUGGACCAUGGACAGUGACGUCAGCCGCGGGCGAUGAGCCCGAUGGCCCUUCAUUUGUGAUCGACAUUCCUGUGCAUGUGACGGUCCAUCCAGUCUUUCACGCGUCGAAGCUGGCAACAUAUACACCAGCUAAGAGCGAUGACUUCCCGGGCCGACGAUCGCAGGACCCUCCUUCUAUGGAUGGUCAUCAGGAGGUUCACCGCGUCAUCUCAGAUCGCAAGUAUGGCAGCAAGCCGCGCCAGUACAAAGUUACAUUCAGAGCAUGCGAUCCCGACGACACUCGGUGGAUUUCAGGAGCAGAUUUGAAAGCGUCUGCACCGCUGAUCUACGCUCACUACGAGCGACAGAGGUUAGCCAAGGGACCUCCACGACCUGCCCCUCCCACCCGGACUGUGGUCCCUCCCUCAGACAGACAGCUUCGCCCUCGUAGGUAAGCUCGGUCUUUCAAGGAGGGGGGG